UGAGUUUAUAACCAUUUUGAAUUUAAUGAAAAAACUUCGCUUAAUUAUAACGUAUCAAUCCUGAAAAACAUAUUUUUUCAUAUAAAAUCAUGCGGUUAAAAUGCUGGUAACUUCCACCAAAGUUUUAAAUAGCAUAAUAAAAUCAUUUUGAAACGUUAAUAAAAAGUAUUUUAGAUGGUAUUGUGAUUUAGACUGGAAAAUCCAAUUUUAGAUGUAUUAAUUGAGUGAAAUGUGUGCUUAAAUAUUUUUAUUUAUUAUAUAAUAUAUAAAAUAUAAUGUAAUUAGAUAGAUGUGGAACGGUUGGGUUAUGAUGGAUGAUCCAUAACGUCUUUAUUUUAUAUACAUACAAUUGGAGUGAACUACAAUUUUUGCCCUUUAUCUUUAUAUCAAAUUUCAAGUGAUGUCCUUUGUUUUUAAAAUUGAUGGGUUUUGUACUUAAUGUUUGAAAAUGUUACAUGUUAUGUCCUUUAAGCCUAACCUAGUUAAUUUUCUUUGUUAAAUCAAAUAACGAAAAGGAUAUUUUAGUCUUUCUACUCAUUUGUUAAAAAAACAAUUAACAAAUAAAACAAUAUUGUAUUUUACAAAUAUAUCAGCCUCACUACUCUUUCUCUCUCUACAAAGACUUUCUCUAACACUGUGUUCCAGAGAUCCACUUAACUGGAGAAGAGAAAAGAAUUGUAAGGAAAGAAAAGGGUAAUGGUGUUCCAGAGAUUUUAUUACGGGAAGAAAGGGAGAGAAGAGAAGAGAUAGGGGAGGUUUUUUAGGGUUGAACUGUUUCAUUCCAAAUUGGGGUAAUUGGCAGAGAAAUGAAGAAUUAAAGACCACAUUCCUAAUUCACUUCCUAUUUUACCCUUGUAAAACAUAUGGCGGGUAUAUCUCCCACAACCUCCUGCCAAAGCUUCAACCCACAUUCCAUCAUCUAUCCCACAAUUGCAAAACUGUUCCAUCAUUGUUUCUGUAACCUGCUCUCCUCAGCGAUCUACUGUUCAUCUCCCAGAAAGUUAUCAUGAGCAAACACGAACCCACCAGAAAGAAGGAACAAAUAAAGUGGACAGAAAGUAUGGAUAAUAUAUUCAUACAAUCCAUGAUAGCGCAACAGGAUAAUGGCAGUUUUACUUCACAAGCAUACAACAAUAUGAUUGAGGAGCUGAACACAAAGCUUCAAAUUGAAUUGACCAAAAAAACAUUUGAAGCAUCGUUUAAAAAUGUUGAAAGAGCAUUUUUCUCAAUGGUACGACAUGUUUCGUGGAACGUCAUUGAGUGGAUUCUCUUGGAAUUCAGAAACUCAAUUAAUUGAAGCGGAGGAUGAAGUCUGGGAUAAAUUAAUAGAUUCAACGCCUGAUGCUGCAGUAUUGAAGACGAAGAAAGUCUCAAACUUCAAUGAAAUGCUACAACUAUUUGCAAAAGAUAGGGCAUCCGGAGCACAAGCUGAAACAGCUAAAGAAAGAAAUGCCCGACUGAAAGAAAAUGACAACAUUAACAUAGAAACAAUUCCAGAAGUUGAUGACUUAUGUGCUGCCAAUGAUGUAGUUCUGGAGAGCCAAUGCAAUACUGAUGAUGAUCUUCAAGUGCUACCUCCUACAUCUUCUCGUGCAAAGAAAUGUAAGAGUAGAAAAAGGUUGAACAACAAGAUGAAGAUUUAACCUCUGUGAUUAUGAAUGGCGUUAGCAGUGUGGCUAAUGUUAUUUUAGAAGGCAAUAAAAUACUUGAAAGAGCUUAUCAUCACGAGUACACAAGUGAAGAAAUUUAUAAUGCAUUGGAGCCAUUGGGUUUGGAUUCCCAUGAAAUACGUGGAGCUUGAAAUUACUUGGCAACCAACCAAGCAAAAGAAAGGAUGCUAUAUAGUUGUCCUCCUCUAAUACGGUUGGGUUUACUAAGAGAUAUGAUGGGUUCUGGUAACUAAGCGAGUUUAGGAUGCUUUUGUCUAGUUGAAGUUUUCCUUUUUUAGUAACUUUUAUUUGUUUGUUGGGUAUUUUACUAAUUGCUUAUGGAUCUUGUGAUU